AUGUGGCAGAUUACCAAACAAGAAAAGAUAGUGCAUAAUGGGAAGCAAUUCGAGGGUGGUGGUGAGAGGAAUGGGAAGGAAGGCAUUGUGGUUGGGAUAGUUGGAAUAGAAGGCAUUGUGGGGAAUGAAAAGGCUGGCAACGGAGGCAGGGCCACUUUUGGGAUAGCGGGCAUGGAGGUCGGCAAUGGCGGCAAUGUGGGCUUCGGCAGAGAUGGAAUGGUCGGUAGAGUUGGCAUGAGAGGCAUGCUCGGCAAUGGUGGCAAUGUGGCGCUCGGGAAGUUUGGCAUUGUGGGCAGAGGUGGAAUUGUUGGCAAUGCAGGCUGCACCGGUUGAGAAGAUUGUAGUAGAUGUCGGGCCGCCCACGCUGAAUAGAUAUUGCUUGAAAGAGAGACUGCAAUAACUAAACAUACAACAAAGUGAAAGUUGAAGGUUGCCAUUGCUUGAUUUCUUGACGAGUGGUUGGUUGAUUAUAGUGUUUAAAGGGGCGAUUUCCGUUGUGUGUUGA